AUGGCGAUCGCUUCCGGCCAACCCGGGUCUUCAGUGGAUUCGAAGCUGGAUCUCAUUCUCCGGCGGGUCGACGAGUGGCACCUACAGAAGCAGCAGCUGGAUGCCUUGCUUGCGUCAUUAAAGCCCCUGGUGGCAAAGCUCAGCAGCCAUCAUUGUUCUUCAGAUUCCUCGGCUAUCGUGCAGUCUCACUUGUCCGCUGCUGUCAUACACUCGCACGCCUCCGCAGGAGGCCCCGGUGCCGCGCAGGAGGAGGACCACUUUGUCCUGUGUGCAAGGUCAGAAGAUCUCAACUCUCUGGACGCCGCUGGCCAGCAAGGCCACGCAUCAAUGAGCCCGUCCGACGGACAUCGGGGCCAGAUCACUCGCAGCAAGUCGCGAUCCGUUGGCCAUGCGCCCUCUCUUGAUGCGGAAAAGUGGACACGACAGCUCUGGGAGAAGAAGCAUUCGUCGGCUUCGGAAGGGCCUGCUUCCGGACGAAAGCCCUCGUCGACACCAAAUAUUAAGGAGAUGGACGCGGCAUUUCUGCUUGCCGUCGAAGCUCCUGUUCACGACUCGAUCGGAUCCGACAGCAAUGGCAGGGGAGCACUAAGCUCAGCAGAAGAACUGCCCGCGUUGUCCGUUGCCAUCCCGCCCUCACGUCGGCAAGUGCUGCCCGAGCCGCCUACAUCUCUGCCCGGCAAGCUAAACGAGGCUGAUGAAGAGGAUCAAGACUCAGACGAGCAUGUGCCACCAAGAAGAGAUGGCACCGGCACAACAAGUGCAAGAUUGGGCUUAAAUUUGCCCACGAGCCCAUCCAUGCAUCAGCUUAGCAAGCAGUCCCAUACCCACAUCCUCGAUAACUUCAUCUUGGAGCUGGGCGCAAAGCCAGAGUCAUUGGACGACAUCGGCUGCAGGAUCGCCUCCGCCUUUCCCAGGUCGCUGUACUUUGCGAUGAUCUUGCUGCCGUGCCUGGCCCAUGUCGGAACUGAUUUUGCAGUUUCGCACUUCUCGCCGGGUGUGGUCACCGUCCAUGAAAGAACCAUCGGCUACAGCUUUUUCGUGGGAGCCGUUGUCGUUCAUUGCUGUGGCGCCACCUUGGGAAUGCACUUGCUGAGAACAGCCCUGCGCUCGGGGGAGCUGAACAUGGCGAUCGAGAAGUUGCACGGGUUUAUCCAAAACACUGAAGAGUGGUCGGAGGUCUCUCGCCGACUGUGUCGACAGCAUUUGCUUGGCUGGCUGAUUUCUGUCAUUUCUUUCGUCGCAACAUUGGAGGAGUGGAAGCUCAGAAGCGGUGUUAUCCAGCCGCCGCCAAUCUCCGAAAUUUCCGCCGCAUUCCGGCUGCUUGGGCAGCUGAUCUUCACCAUGAGUUUUAUCCUGGCGUCUGCCGUGAUCUUUCUUGUUGCCUAUGUGCAUGCCCAUGCCCUGCACGGAAUGGACCUUAGCCUCGACUGUUGGUGCUACGAAAUCUUGCACAACCGAAAUUUCCACUGCGGAGUGGAGAGCUGGAACUGCAUGCAAGCUUUGAUCAAAAGCAUUGGGCGAGAGCUGUCGAGCAGUUUUUUCGCCUUGCAGGUGUUCGGUGCAAUGGGAUUGGUAUACUGCCUUGCAUCCGCCCUGGCCGUGGCCUUCGAAACCCAAUUCGCCCUGCCUUCGACCGAGUUCUUGUUGUUGGACGGUUUCGCCGCUACACCUCUCCUCUGCUUCUUCGCCUUGAACGUGAGGGUAUGCUCGAAAGGAGCUGCGUUGACAGAGAAGUGCCGAACAAUCCCCGCUUUUGUGAACCAGAUCCCCACAGAUUCUUGCAUAGACGACGAACGGCAAUAUCUGGUCCAUUUCGUGCUGAACAGCAGUGCUGGCUUCAAUGUCAAGCACUUUACCAUAACGCAGGAGCUGUUUUCCAAGAACUUCAUUCUCCUGGGCGGCCUUCUUUCAGGUAUGGUCGCAGUGCUUUCCCGUAUUUACUGA